AUGGACGAAGAAAUGGACAUAGAUGUGGUUGCGGACGAGAAUGGUCAGCAAGUGAAUGCGACCCCUGAAACUGCAAAUCGUGUUGUGGAGGAACCAUUGGAUGAGGAGGAGGACGAUAGGACUUACAGCGGUUCUUCAAAUGGAUCGUCGUUUGGGGAGGAUGAGGAUGGUGCUCCAAUGGUUUCCAUGAGAAAGAAGGUGUAUUUUUUGAACAUAUUUCACCCCGUCGCUACCGUACAAGUUCUCUAUUGCUUCAGAAUUUUAAUGCGACACCAACAGUGCGCGCUGCACCUGUGGAAUUACCCACUAAUACUCGAUUAA